AUGGGCUGCGGGGCAUCUCAACCCCCCGUCGAUGUAUUGCAUACUAAAAAGUUUCUCGAUGUGCAAAAAUUGCUGUUGCUCGGCACCGGAGAAUCCGGUAAAACCACCAUCAUUAAGCAAAUGAAAAUAUUACACAUAAACGGAUACACCGAUACCGAAAGAAUAGAGAAGAUACCGUUUAUAAAGCAAAACAUCCACGAAUCUAUUUACGAGAUAGUCACCAACAUGCACAAAAUAGAUCCUCCUGUUGCACCGGAAAGGGACCAAACGAAAGCUUCCAUCGAAUUCAUUAUAUCGUUCGGAAGGCAAGGCCCCGUCGAAUAUACACCGGAGUACUUCGAUCACGUUAAAACGGCCUGGAAAGACGAGGGUGUUCGAAGAGCCUUCGACCGAUCAAACGAAUACCAGCUAAUCGACAGCGCUGAACACUUUCUGAAUAAAAUCGACGAGGUUAAUACAAUUGAAUAUAUCCCGACGAACCAGGACAUCCUCUUCUGCAGGAUCAAGACCGUAGCGAUCAGUAAAAUCGAUUUCAAGAUGCCGGUGCCGAAGAAGUACGGCGGAGGGAGCGCCGAAUUUUGGAUGUACGACGUGGGUGGGCAGCGGGGCGAAAGGAAAAAAUGGUUCAAAGUAUUCGCUGGUAUCCAAUCGGUGCUCUUUCUCAUAGCUUCGAGCGAUUUCGAUUUGAAGUUGAGAGAAGACCCGACCUACAACAGGCUCCGGGAGUCGUUCGAACUCUUCCAAGAGGUCUACACCAACGUGUAUCUUAAAGAAGCCGCGCAGAUCGUGUUUCUGAACAAACAAGACAUCCUUCGAAGGAAAAUCGAACAAGGAAGAAAGCUCGAUGAUUAUUUUCCCGAAUUUAAGAACUACAUUCCGACCGGUAAGGAGCAAUGCGACACCGAAUAUGAUCGAGCUAAACUGUUCAUGAAACAAAAAAUUUUGGAUAUAGCGAAUACUUCGGUAUAUGUGGAACAUAUGGGAUUGAAACCGGGACAAAACAUUACAGAACAACUAGCACCGAGGGACGUUUAUGUCCAUUUCACAGUGGCAACGGAUACAAAUAAUAUCAAAAAAGUUUUCGAUUCGAUCCACGAAAGCAUCCUCAAUCGAAACGUCCAAGACAUCGGAUUAUUAUAA